AUGUCAUCUGGCAAAUUUGGGAAAUUUGAAACCAUCAGGUUUGUGCAGCUUUGAAUUUAAUUUCAGGUUUAGAUUAUUUAGAGUAGAGUGACAAGCUAGAUAAGACCCAAAUGUGACAGGGGCUAGGAAAUUUAAGAGGGGAAUGAGAAAGAGGAUGAAAGGCAUGGGGGGAGGGUGAGAAAGUGCAGGUGUAAUGGGAAGUGGUACGAGAUGUGAAACAAAUGGAGUGAUGAAGAGCAAGAGGAAAAUGGUAAAGGGUUGUCAGGACUAUGGGUGACUGCAUGAGUAACAUUAACCCUUUAUGCCCUACCAUCAGUAUGUAUCUCCCCAUCUUUCAUCUUCUUCAGAAUCGCUUUGAUGUAAAUUAUUCCUGCACUUGGAUGGUUGUGCGAUCCUCCCCGUCACCUAUAGACUCUACUGUCUAUCCUCUUAACCCCUUUAAACUCCCACAAGUGAUAAACAUGUAACUUUUCCCUAUUGUAUUUGUACAUUAUCCAGCUAACAGGUAGUGAGACUGCUCAAACAUAUCAGGUACAAGAUAUUAUCUUGAUUGAACACCAAAUUCUUGUAACCAAUUCACAAGGAAAUGUAUAACAGCCAGAGGAGAGAAUUAACAAUCAGAUCUUGGGAGUUAAAGGGUUAAAUACCAUAUUUGAGAAUUUUUUUUUUUUCCUCUUUUUAACUCAAUGAGGGUGCCUUGCAUGGGUCCUUGUGUCUUGUUUGCACCAGCACCAUUGGGUCCAGGACUUUUUUUUGUCUGCUUUGCUCUCUCAAAAGCUGUUCUUGCUGUAUCUUUUAUUUUUCAAUUGAUAUUGUAUAUUGUAUUAGUACUGCAUGAGUCAUACCCAAUAAAGCUGUUAAAAAAAUAGUGAUCUCUGUCCAAUAUUCUGUAUGGUACUACUGUCAAAUUAGAGAAAAUUCAUCAAACAAUCAGAGACUUCUUGAGCUUUCCAUUCUUUCUCUUUAUUCCUAUGACCCUAACCAAUAUUAAUACAGUAAGAGGAAAUUAGUUGCUAGUGACUCACAAGAUCAAAAGGGAUAAAAGGAUUGGAUUCAAAGCUGCAGAAUACGUAAUUAGAGGUUGUGGAUAUGAAAAUGAGUGGGAUGAGGAGGGAAAGAAAACCAAAGGUGUGAUAAAUAUAAGGUGACACUAGGUGAGGACAUGCAAACUCUCGUUAGCCUCCUUUCACCUCACCCCCAAUGGUAUUGCAGUGAUGGAAUCCCCUCCCCCAUCAGACCUGUGGGUAUUUUCAGAAUGACAGUAGCAUUUAUUACAACUCAACUUGAUGCGUGUAAAAUUACGUUUUCUUGGAGAAUUAUCUUGGCUCACUUAGGCUCUAAAGUUAGGAAAGGCAUUCUUUGUCUGAAUCAAAUUUUCAACCAUGCCCUCCCCCCUCUCUCUUCAUGAAAAAAAUCCUGGAUCUGCCCUUUCGUUACAAACUUUUCCUUCAUACAUAGCUCAGUAGAAAUGGAAAAUUUAAGGAUUUCAAUAUCGAGGCUAAAUCCAAGAGAAAAGUAAUUAUUACAACUGAAGUUAAAUUGUUCAUGCAGCAAUGUAACUUAUAUGCAUUUAUUAAAACUUCCAUUUAGAGAAAACCUAUACUUCACAGUUCAACCAGAGAAGAUGAUGAUAAAAAUUGAACAUGCAGUACUGGCUACAAAGUUUUUAACAGGUAAAUUAGGAGGAAAAGACCUGGCAGCAUCACAAAGAAACAUGAAAGGAUAUCUGUAUGGCCAUAAUGGAACACUUAUAAAAAGGUACGCAGUAUAAUUAGGUAAUAACAUGAUUUCAAGUGUAAUUUGGUGUGGAUAAGUACAAGUAAAAUUUCUAAGACAACAAAAUUGCACCUGAGCCUGUAGGGCAAGUGCAGUAUGUAGUCUUCAAAAAAUUUACAAGUACUUAUUACACCAAAUUGCAAGAGAAAUCAUGUUAUUACUUGCUGAAAAUGUGCAUGAAAAAACAUCACAGCAAGUCAAGACACACAAAAUUCUGAAAGCAUGCAUGCCCUAUUUGUAAUUUGCACUUGUGUUACAACUUCGCAUGAGAAUGCACUUGUUUUCAGUCAAUCAGAGGUACAUAAUUUUUCAUGUACAUUAUAAACCUAUUUAAAGUAAUUACGUUCAAAGCUUCAAAUAACUGAAUAUGAUUUUUGAAAUGGGUUCUAGUCAGUUGCAUUCACAAUGGAUACACUGCUUUAGAUCCCUUUGGGACAAUUAGCAGAUGCUUCUUCAUGUGGCAUCUAGUUAUUCUUUAUUACAGACUUUAAGGGUGGCAAAUUAAAAGAAACACUGUCUUUUAGCCUUAUCGCCAGCCUCUGAAUUAUUUGAAAUGCAAAUAAAUAAUUUUGAAUUAGGAUGCAUAGUAAUCAAUAAAACUGACAAUUUAGAAUUAUUGACUGAAUGAGCUAACUGAAAAGAAAUUUUUGUUUUCCUGGGCCCGGUUGUUCAGAAGGCAUUUGUAGUAUGGUAUCCCUGUGUGUUAUGUGUACGUAUGUCACAUGACUAGCACAUGGAGAGAGAUCCGCCAUCUUAAUUAAAAGACCUCGUUCUGUUGACAUUUAUAUCUGUCUCGUCCUGCUUCUUCCUAUAAUAUUACAGCAUUAGCAAUAUUCCAGGAUUAAAGAAGUUUCCCUUGUUCCUGAUUUCUCUCAAAAUAAUUUGUAUAAUUUAGGGCUUAUGUUUUGAGGGGUUUAUCUUUGCAUACAAAACUGAAAUAAAAAAUAGAAUAGAUCAAAACUGUCUGCAAUGCUAGAAAACUAAAGAAAAAUUAUUAGCUAACCCUUAGUGAGCUUUAUCAUGUUUUAAACAACUCAGCCCUGCUCAAUUUUUGGCAACCCUUUAAUUCCCAAAAUCUCGUUGUUAAUUCUCCCCACUAGCUGUUAGACAGUUCCUUGUAAUAAGAUACAAGAAUUUGGUGUUAAAUUGAGGUAACAACAGUACUUCUACCAGUUAAGUUUGAGUGUUCUUUUUACUUGUUUGCUGGAUAUAAUGCAUGGAUCUUGUAGGGAGAAGUUACAUACUAAUCACUUAAGGAUUGAUAAGAUGGCAUCCCACUUAACAAUCUGCAGAUUGGUCUGUUUUUUGUAAUAUUUUCAGUCUUUCAUCCAACAAAGAGAAUCGGAUGAGAGGAAAGGCAGAUAAGCUUACCGUCCAAGAAAUCCUCCAAGCAGCUGGAGUUACAAGCCUGGAUGAAACCUCAGAUGCCCUCAAUUCUAAAGGGAAGCCAUUCCGAAGACAUGGAAUUGUCCUGCAUAUGGCCAUCAAUUAUCAAAAUGCCGAGUCAACUUGGCUUGGAACAGGGUAAGUAACACUUUCAAAAUCAUGAAUUUCCUUGUUGUAAGUCCUUUCUUUGCUUACAUGUCAUUGGUCCCACUGAGACCCCUUCUACCUAAGGAAAGUCCAGAAAAUGUGAAAGUGUUUCCAAAAAGGAAGAUUACCUUUAGAUCCGAAUAGAAGAGAAACAGUAUCUUUUAUUAACAAUUGUUAUAAACUGAUCUCUAAAUUCUCUUUCUUCUUUUUCCUUCUCCAAGAGCCCUUCCUGACUGUUACCAUUAUUUGUAUGAUAAGCUAAAUUGUGCAUGCAUAAUUUAAAUGGUUCUCGCUGAUGAUCUAAUUGUGUAGGACAGACACAUAGAUGACCUCACCAUUAACAAUAUUUUGCUUCGUAAUCAUGUAAGACAAAUAUUACGGAAGAAUUGCAUGGCAACAUGGAAUCCUUAUGUUAAGUAGAAAUUAUUUACUUUUCCUGCACCAAAUCCUUGAAGCCUAUUAAGCUCAUAAAUUACAAUUAAAGCUUCCCAACUCAAACAAUGAUAAAAAAAAUAAAUGGUGCAGAUGAUGAUGCAGUGGUAGAGCCCUUCCCCUUAAAAAUUGUCUCACAGGUAUAAUGUUUGGACCACUUCAUAUGUUGGUGGAGGUACUUGUGGGCUCUUGUUCUUGCUUCAAGACAUUAAACUGUGUUAACAAAUCUUUGUUCACUGUUGUUUUGUUAGAGAUAUAGAAUAUUCAUACCAAGUGAGAAGAAUCCCAUAUGCUGAUUACCGAGUGAAUGAAGUGAUACCAGUCAUAGAUGCCAUGGAUUUUACAAACCAAAGUCUAGAACGUCAUCAAGAAAAUCGACUCUUCAGAAAACGUUAUGGAAUCAAAAUAGAAUUCCACCAAAGUGGUGUACUGGGUAAGUUUAAAAUGAAUUAGGUUGAGCAGAAAUGUUGUUCCAACUAUUAGAGUUCAUCCAAAACCAUAAAUAAUAGAUAAAUUUAAACAAAAUGUGGGUUUUGAAUUAUCUCAGAUUUUGGGCUUUUUCCUCCUUCCAAACUUGGUUUACAUCUCAUAUGUAUUCACUAUUAAUUUUCUUUACUUAAAUUCAAGACUCCCUUCCCUAGGCUAGCCCUAGCCUUAGAGUGACUAGCAUGUAAUUUGUCAUUAAAAGAUCACCCCUGAAUCAAACAUGAAGGUCACCUGAAUGACUGAAAUGACCAACAACUUCAUCAACUGACAAAGCUCUUGAUUGUUUGACAAUUCUCAUUGUCUAUACCUUAGGUGAUGUAUGGGAAACAGUAUGGAGAAUAUACAUGUUGAUGUUGAGAUGUAAAGGGUCAAAUAAACAGUGACUGUAUCUUUUCAUGUCUUUUUUUAUUUUUUUAUUCAGGCCAUUUCUCUUUCUCAGCACUGUUAGGUCACCUUGCAUCUGCAGUAAGUCUUCUAACCCUGACAGCCACCAUUGUAGAUAUUCUUAUAUUGUACAUCCUGCCCAAAAAAUCAAAAUACCGCAGCUUGGUAUACGAAAAGGAAAAGAAUGAAUAACAAAUGUCCAACUGUUUUACCAUUAUUGAAGACCUUUAUAGAGCAAUUUAAAUCAAAUUUCUUAGUAACAGAAGAAUGUUUAAAAUUAGAGAUUCUUAUAAUAUUACAAGUAACUUGCUAAUGAGAAUCAUGUUGUAAAACUUGAAAAAAUUGUUGUAGAUUUAUUUCAAAAUAAAAGAUACUAAAAUUAUUUGUUUUUAAAAUUAAUAUUGUGUACUUCAAAAGUACUUUUUUUACACUCAGACAACUUCAUUUUUUUUUAUUAUUUUCUUUUUUAACCCAUGCAUGUAAGGAACAUAUUCAGUAAACUUUGAGGAGCAAAUUCCUAAUUUACUUGCCUAGAGAAUUUUUUCUCAUCCUUUUAUUAGUAAAUUAAUUACAAAUGAUGACACAAUAGUUGAUUAGGGUCCAGGAUUCGAAA